GACUGCGUGUGGUCAGCGAUCUGGCAGCGCGUGCUCUUCUUCUUUUUAAUAUAGAACACGUCUGAGGGACCAUUACCGUGUGCGUAUGUGACUGGCCGUCUUGCUCUUCUUUCCUGGCUACAACAUGGUGUCAGAAGAAAAGGUUCUGCCAGCGGACAACGGCUCCUAGUCCUUUUCCAUCCGAAGGACGAUGCCAGCAACGAAACACCGGGUGGACGGCAGCCGUGACAUACGGUGCUCUUCAACUGAACAUAAUGCACUGCCAUUUGACUCUUCUUUGUCUGAUCGUCGCUGCGGAAGGUUCCUGGGGACCAAACAAGCUCCAGCGAGAUGUGCCGGAUGCCUUCAAGACAAUUGAAGCCUUUGACCACCCCAUUGCGGUCAUGGACGCCAACAACGACAGUAUCUUGGAGUGCCUCUCUGCGCGCAGAGUAGAUAUUGAUCCGAGGAAGAAAACUGCUACAUACAUUUGGUCACUGGCCGGAGAUGACGGGAAAGGAAGAAAGAAAGUGCCUUUCUACUUCAUGGCAGGUGAUUCGCCGGAUGUCACUCUAUACACCGUCGAAUCAAAAAACAGUCCCGUUGAAUCGGCUCGCACCCUCUACACGGACUACAAGAAUUGCGCCAUUGCAGAAUUUUCUCACUUCGGAGAACAAUGCACACUUUGGGUCGCAUAUGAUCUGCGAGACUCCAUUCCGACAGCCUGUGUGGAACAAUAUUCUGACAUAUGUGGUGAAGCUGUCUCAGUUACCGACAUCAAAGCAUGCCAGGAUGCCUACGACUAGGCGCCGACGGACAGACGCGACGUAGCGACUCUUCAUCGACCGAAUGCUACGGUUACUCGUGUGAAAGACGUACUACGUUCCGCACUCCGAAACGCCCAGUCGCACCAAUAUUUGGCGAUGUCAAUAAACAAAAUGU